GCCCCGCGGACGAAGAUUGACUGAAGUCCGGCAUCACAUGUGCAAAACAUUGGAAUCCGUUUAACGUUUUAAUAAUAAAAUAUAAAAAGUAAUCUACAUUUGCUUAGUACAAAAAUGGAGUUCUUAGAAUAUAAUGAUGUAUCCGCAGAGAUAAAGGGGACUAUGGUGCCUGGGAGGUUAAAAAUGACAGACCAAAAUAUAAUAUUUAAAAACAGCAAAACUGGUAAAGUUGAACAGAUAUCAGCUAAUGAUAUUGAACUUGUGAAUUUUCAAAAAUUCAUCGGAUCAUGGGGUCUAAGGUUAUUUUUGAAAAAUGGCACUUUGCACAGAUAUGGAGGUUUUAAGGAUGGGGAACAAGAGAAGGUUGCAAAAUUUUUCAAGAGCAACUACCAUAAAGAUAUGCUUGAAAAGGAACUUUCACUAAAGGGAUGGAACUGGGGUACAGCUAAGUUUAAUGGUGCCGUACUGAGUUUCAAUGUUGGUACGAACACUGCUUUUGAGAUACCUCUGCACUAUGUGUCACAGUGCAAUACUGGCAAGAAUGAAGUGACACUUGAGUUCCAUCAGAAUGAUGAUACACCUGUCUCAUUAAUGGAGAUGAGAUUCCACAUACCCACAAGUGAACUGGCAGGUGACAUGGACGCGGUCGAAGCGUUCCACCAGCAAGUCAUGAACAAAGCAAGUGUUAUUUCAGUUUCUGGCGAUGCUAUUGCUAUCUUCAGGGAAUUGCAGUGUCUUACUCCUCGUGGUCGUUAUGACAUCAAAGUGUUCCAAACGUUUUUCCAACUUCACGGUAAAACGUUUGACUACAAGAUCCCAAUGUCGACAGUGUUACGACUGUUCUUGCUGCCGCACAAAGACACGAGGCAAAUGUUUUUCGUGGUGUCUUUGGAUCCUCCCAUCAAACAAGGUCAAACAAGAUAUCACUAUUUGGUACUGUUGUUUGGUAUUGAAGAGGAAACCAGUCUGGAGUUGCCAUUUACAGAAGAAGAAUUGAAAGAGAAAUACGAGGGUAAAAUCACAAAAGAAUUAUCAGGACCAACUUACGAGGUGCUCGCUAAAAUAAUGAAAGUUAUCAUCAACAGAAGAGUCACAGGACCUGGAGACUUCUUGGGCCACCACAAGACGCCGGCCAUCGCGUGCUCGUACAAGGCCGCGGCCGGCUACCUGUACCCGCUGGAGAAGGGCUUCAUCUACGUGCACAAGCCGCCCGUGCACAUCCGCUUCGAGGAGAUCGCGUCCGUCAACUUCGCCAGAGGCGGCGCUUCUUCUACUAAGUCCUUUGACUUCGAGAUAGAACUGAAAUCGGGCAGUAUACACACAUUCAGCAGUAUAGAGAAGGGAGAAUACGACAAACUAUUCGACUACAUUACAUCUAAGAAACUCCAUGUUAAGAAUACUGGAAAGAAUGUAAGUAAAUUUACGGACAAGGCGCUGUACGACGACGACUUCGGCGACUCGGAUACGGAGAAAGAGCCGGACGCGUACCUGGAGCGCGUCAAGGCGGAGGCCAAGGAGCGCGAGUCCGACGACAGCGACGACGAGAGCACCGACGAGGACUUCAACCCAGACAAGGCCAAGGAGAGCGACGUCGCCGAGGAAUACGACACCAAUCCAUCGUCAUCCGAAGACUCCGACGCUUCCGGUGCGUCUGCUGAUAGUAAAAAAGAAAAGAAGAAGGAGAAAAAACCCAAAAAGACAAUCACUAUUUCGGAGGCUCCUCGUAAGCGCAAGGAGAAGUCCAAGAAGCGUGAGAAGGACGCGAACGCACCAAAGCGUCCGUCGACGGCCUUCAUGCUGUGGCUGAACGAGAACCGCAAGGGUAUAGUGGACGACAAUCCCGGUAUCAAGGUCACGGAGAUCGCUAAGAAGGGCGGCGAGCUGUGGCGCGACCUGAAGAACAAGACCGAAUGGGAAGAAAAGGCUAAUAAGGCAAAAGAAGAAUACAAUCAAGCAAUGAAGAAGUACAAGGAUAGUGGUGCGGCGGAUGAGUUCAAGCAAAAGAAGAAACAAGCUGAGAAGGAACGUAAAGCUGCAGAUAAAAAAACUAAAGCUCCGGCGAGUAAAAAAGUUAAGAACGUCAGUGCAAGCUCUAGUUCAGGGAAGUUUACCAGCAAGGAGUAUAUUGAAGAUGACGACAGCUCUUCUGACUCGGAUAAGGAGAAAAAAGAUAAAAAAGACAAAAAGGACAGCAAAGAGAGUAAAGAAUCAAAGAAAGAAAAGGAAAAGGCUAAACAUUCCUCAUCGGAAGCUGCAUCGUCGGGCUCUGACGAGAGCGACAGCGGGAGCGAUAGCGAUUAGCGCGUAACAACAAAACCACCUAAUGCGAUAUCGUGAUAUGAAUAAGUUAAUUUUAUGUUAUGUAUGAAUAAAUAUACAUGUGAGAAUGUAAAUUUCAAUAAUUUAGUUAUAAUAUAAAUAGGUUUUUGUGUCCGUUUAAUGAUGACAUUUUAACCUGUUGUCCUUUUUUUGUAAUCCGUUUUCUCAUAGGAUAAGGAUUUUUACAUGUUUUUUACAAAAUGUUACGCUAGGUAAAACUAAAUCGGCGGUUUGUUUCUACAAUAGUAUAUUAAGAUAAUAAUAGGUUAUUUUUGAACUUCAACUCAAAUGAAGAAUUAUAGUCAUAAUCAAGAGAUUUCAAAUUCAAUCUUAUAGUGUCUACUAUAAGAUUGAAUUUGAAAUUACAAUACUACAUAAAAUUAAUUUUAAAUUAUACUAGAUAAUGCAGAAUGUAAUUCAUAUAAGAAUCUAUAGAUUAGGGAAAAACUUUAACAUUAUUAUUUUUUUAGAACUGGUAGAUAAUAAUUCCCACGUACAUUGUCAUAACGAAAUUAUCUCAUUGAAUUGAAUCGAAACGGUAUAUACAAUUAAUAAGCAGGACUUAUUUCAAUAAAACGUUAUUAAAAUAAUAUGACAGGAAGUUCAAAAUAUAAUAAAGAAAUGCGUAAAAAAAAUCCUUUUAUUUCAUAAACGAUUUGUGAGUCACAUAUUUGUUUGUUAUUAUUAUAAAACUGUGUGAAUGUUUCGAGAACCGAACGAUUCAGUUGAAUCGAAUUUACAAAUAUUAUCUGUACCGAAUGUUAGGAUAUAAUAUCUUGAACAUAACGCGGCUGUUUUAUUGCAGUACAAGUAAGGUCAGAAAAAAAAACAUUUUCAUUAGUGUUUUAUUGCAGUACAAGUAGGGUCAGAAAAAAAAAACAUUUUCAUUAGUGUUUCAUUGCAGUACAAGUAGGGUAAAAAAAAAAACAUUUUCAUUAGUCAGUAGAUUAGAUAGAUUUAGUAUUUACUAGAUUUCUAGAAUGAAAGGAGGAGAAUGAAACAAAACUUUUGUAUUCAUGUAUGUAAUGUGUAUUAUAAAUUAUGUAAUACAAACUAUUUUUUAUUUAUUUAACAUCAUCACUAGUUAAACUCAUGCGAUUGUUAAAGAACAAAGUUGUUCAUUUA